AUGUCUCAGGACAAUAGUGGUUCAACCUUUUCAUCAGAUUCAGAUAUUUUAUAUAGUUUAAAUAUCGAUCAAGUUUUAUCUGAAGAUGAUGCAGGUGAUUCAUUAGAUUCUGAUACAGAUGAAAUCAAUAAUAUUCAUGAUAAAAUGGAAAUUGAUUCAGAAGUUGAUAAUGAUAGUGAUAAUUCUAUUGUUGAUACAGAUGAAAUUGAUGUGAAUAUGGUAUCAACUGAUCAUAAAAACAUUUCUUGGUCACGGACAACAAAUUUUGAACCAAAUUUACCACCUUUUGAAGGACGAUUCAUGUUAAAAGAUAGUAUUCAUUUACCAAAAUAUCCAUCACCAUUUGAUUUUUUCAAUUUGUUCUUCACUCAAGAAAUAGUUGAUCAUAUUGUUCAACAAUCUAAUUUAUAUCAUACACAACAAAAUUUUAAACAAGCGCCGAUGACCAAUCAAGAUCUUUAUCGUUUAAUUGGAUUUUUAUUUUACUCAUCAUUAUAUAAAUUACCUCGUAAAUCUGACUAUUGGUCAACAUCAUUUGGUCCUGAUAUAGUAAUGAAAAAUAUAACUAGAGAUAGAAUUUUUCAAUUACUACGUUCAUUACAUUUUGGAGAUAAUAAUCUUCAAACACAAUCAUGUGAUAAAAUUGAACCAUUAAUCCAUUUAUUUAAUAAACAAUGUGAUUCAGUAAUUCGACAAGAACAAAAUAUUUCAAUUGAUGAACAAAUUAUUCGAUUUAAAGGUAAAACAGCACCGAAGAAUUACAAACAAUACAUGCCAAAGAAACCGAUCAGACGUGGAUUUAAACUUUGGUGCUUAUCUGGUGUAUCAGCAUUUACUUAUAAAGUUAAAUUAUAUCGAGGUGCUAGUGGAAGUACACCUGUUGCACCAGUAAAUUUAUCUCGUCGUACAACAACUUCAUUUGCACCUGAAACACGUUCAAAAUAUCAAACUGAUGAAGAAAAUGAAAAAUUAGAUCAACAAUAUGAUGAUAUAAAACAUUAUGGUCGUUCAGGAAUGAUAGUGAUUGAUUUAUUAGAAGGUGUACCAAAAGGUUCACAUGUUUUUGUUGAUAAUUAUUUUGGAUCAUUAACAUUAUUAAAUAAAAUGAGCAUUCUUGGUUAUGGAUUAACAUGUACAUUGAGAUCAAGUCGUAUUAAAAAUUGUCCAGUUGAAUCAGAAAAAAAUAUGAAAAAAAAACCAAGAGGAUAUUAUGAUUAUUUAGUUUCUGCUGAUAAGAAAAAUAUAAUAGUUGCCUGGAAAGAUAAUCGUCGUGUAUUAAUUGGAUCAAAUUCAGUUGGUGUUGAACCAAUUACUCAAUUAUCAAGAUGGAGCAAAGAAGAAAAUAAAAAAAUUCCAAUUGAUACACCACAGAUAAUUCAAAUAUAUAAUAAAAACAGAGGUGGGGUGGACAAGAUGAACAUGUUAUGUUCUUUACAUCCCAUACCAUUCAAAUCAAAAAAAUGGUAUAUGCCUAUUGCAUGGCGCUUAAUUGACAUGAUGGUUAUCAAUUCCUGGAUAAUAUGGAAAUAUAUGUCAAAUACUGAUGAUCAAAAUUCAAGAAGCACUCGUUUAUUUUAUUUCAAAAUGGCAAUUGCCAAUACAAUGUUACGUGAAUCACGAUCUAUUGAACGUCGAAUAUUACAAUCAUCAACAACAACACAUUAUCAAUCAUCAACAACAACACAUUAUCAAUCAUCAACAACAACGCAUUAUCAAUCAUCAGAAUCAGAUGAUGAUGAAAAUAUUCUUAAUCCACCAAAAAGAAAAAAGAAGGAAACACGUUCUAGUGUUUCAAGUAUGGUUCGUCUAGAUGGUAUUGAACAUUGGCCUGAAGUACAACGAAAUAUACGUCUUCGAUGUCAAUUUACUUUACAAUAUAUAGAUGAAGAUAAUGAUCGUAUUACAUUUUCAUCUAAUAAAUCAAAUCAAAAUACAAUAAUUCAUGUUGGUGUUACUUGUGAUGGUUGUCAAGGUCCUGUGAUUGGUAAUCGUUAUAAAUGUUUAGAAUGUCGAAAUUAUGAUCUUUGUCAAAUAUGUUCAGAUAAAAAUCUUCAUUCCGAACAUAAUAUGUUAAAAUUGACUCGACCUUCUCAACGUUUAUUCGGUGGACAUCAUCGAUGUGGUGGACGUAGAGAAUCUUUCGGUGGUAAUUCUCGCUUUUGGCAUCAUUUUAUGCGACAACAAUGUGCUCCUGCUGCCUUUCAUGUUCCAUUCGAUAUAACUAAUUUUCUUAAUCAAUUCAAGUGUAAAGAAUUAGCUGAAUUUAUUGAAGUUCAUAUACCUGAAUAUUUACGUACGGAAAAAAUAAAUGAAAUGCUUAAUCAAUUUAAAACAGGUGAACAAGCUGAUAAACCUGUUGAUGAAACAAUUCUUCUUGAAAAUGUUGGUAAAAUUCUUCAUGGACUUCUUUCAUCUUUUGGUAUUAAUUGUGAUUAUUCUGUUGAUAAGCAAACUGAAGAAGGUAAACCUAAAGAGAAAAAAGAAGAAACAACAACAACAAAUAAUAAUACUAGUACAGAACCAAAACCAACUGCUCCUUCAGCAACAGCAGCAUCAACUUCAGCUUCGACUAAUCUUCCACCAUUAGGUAAUUUACUUGAACAACUUCAAACUAUGUUUGCUCCGAUGUUUCAACCACAAACAACAACUAGUCCAACUGAAGAUCAACAAGUUAAAGAACAGAAGAAAAUUAAUGAAUGUAUUGAACGAAUGAUAUCGAUGGGUUUUGUAAAUUCAAAUGGUGUACUAACUGAACUUAUUAAAUCAAAAAAAGGUGAUCUCGAUCAAGUACUUGAUGCUCUUAAUCCACGUAAUUAUAAGAAUUAA